AUUGACAUGGAUGACGAGUAUGCUAAGCUUAUCAGGAGGAUGAAUCCUCCCAGAGUGGUAAUUGACAAUGACUCUUGUGAGAAUGCAACCAUUAUCCAGGUUGACAGUGUCAACAAGCAUGGGAUUCUUCUUCAAGUUGUGCAGGUUCUGACGGAUUUAAACCUUGUUAUCACGAAAGCAUACAUUUCCUCUGGGGGAUGGUUUAUGGACGUGUUUAAUGUGACUGAUCAAGAUGGAAAUAAAGUUAGAGAUGAAGAAAUCAUCAGCUAUAUCCAAAAGACUCUUGAAAAUGACGAGGUUCUGUUACCCUCUUUAAGGGGAACUGUUGGCUUGAUGCCUUCUGAAGAGCACACGUCCAUUGAACUUAGCGGGACAGACAGACCUGGCUUAUUGUCUGAAGUGUGCGCUGUUCUUGCUGACCUUCACUGUAAUGUGGUGAACGCUGCAAUCUGGACACAUAAUGCUAGGGCUGCAGCCGUGGUUCAUGUUGUGGACGACGUUACAGAUUGUGCAAUUGAAGACCCAAAACGCCUUGCUACAAUCAAGAAACUUCUUCGUAACGUCCUCAAGGGAAACAAUGAUUUGAAGACUGCAAAGAUGACACUUUCACCUCCUGGAUUUACACACAGGGAGAGAAGAUUACACCAGAUAAUGUUUGAUGAUAGGGACUAUGUAAAAGUUAGAAAGACAGAACAGGGCAACAUUGAGGAUUUGAAAUCCGGGCCUUGUAUAACUGUUUAUUAUUGCAGUGAAAAGGAUUAUACUGUGAUCACUAUGAGGUCAAGGGAUCGACCUAAGCUGUUGUUUGAUAUUGUCUGCACUUUGACUGACAUGCAAUAUGUGGUCUUUCAUGGAGUUGUUCACACAGGAAAGAACGAAGCUUAUCAGGAAUUCUACAUUCGACAUGUUGAUGGGCUUCCAAUAAGCUCAGAGGCUGAGCGAGAGCGUGUGAUUCUGUGUCUUGAAGCAGCUAUUGAGAGAAGAACCUCUGAGGGUCUGGAGCUAGAAUUGUGUACAGAAGAUCGGCUAGGACUACUAUCAGAUAUCACUAGGAUAUUCAGGGAAAAUAGUUUGUGUAUUAAAAGAGCAGAAAUCUCAACACAAGGGGGGAAGGCAAAAGAUAUCUUUUAUGUCACAGAUGUGACUGGGAAUCCAGUUGAGCAAAAGACAGUUGAUUCAAUUUGUGAGCAAGUUGGCCCAAAUAUGCUGCAUGUUAAGUGGAAUCCUUGUCAUUCAGAAAAGCUACCUGAAGAAGGAACAAUUAGCUACUUCUUUGGGAGUCUCUUCAAAGUUCGAACCCUCCAAAGUCUGAAGCUGAUUGGAUCCUACACUUGAGUGGUUCCCUGUAAGACUGGAAAACAUUGUAGAUAUGUCAGAUACACCACUCACAGUAUGCAGAUUUCAAGUAACAAAAAUUGUAGAUAGAUAUCCUACCCAUUGGUGAAGAACUCUUUAGUUUUAUGUAAAUAGUAACCAUCAGAUAGUUAGACCAUAUAG